AUGGAGGGAUUGAAGAAGGGGGUCGCAUUUUCAACUUUCUCUCUCUGCCUGGUCAUGAUUCUCCCAUCAACCACCCUUUACAUUCUGCACUUUAACUUCAUUAGUAUCUUGUCGAGCCACAUCCGUGCCUUCGACAAUACGUCCGAUCCGGCCGAUGAAAUUUACAAAAGGGAAUAUCCGGCCUUGGCAACGAGCUUCUGGUUUGUGGCAAGGAAAGGGGCUACCACCGAGGUUGGGACAGACAGUCUUGGCGUCACUACUGUGCCAGAUGUGGUAUGUUUUCCGACAUCGAGAGCCCCGGUCCAGGGUGAAUGGGAACCUGGAUUUAUUCCGGACGCCGAAUUCUGGACUGCAGAGAUUGUCCUGCUUGAACCAGGUUCUGUGUUUGGUUACCUGGAGAACUCCAUCAUAAAAGGUCACCAUUUCUACUCCACGGUCACAUUAUCAAGAACUGUCUGGGGCUGGGUUCAUACCUGUAUGUUUGGAGACAUGGGAGGUCUUCCACUCUUUGAACUACAGCACAUUCUCCUUCGGAUGAUGAUUUACUUUGGUGUUCUGGUUGGUGACGAAGGGCCCGAAUGCAAAGACUCCCACUUCCCGGGGCUAAAUAAUCGUGGCAUGCUGAAUUUUAUUGCAUUGGGAAACUUUUGUUUAUUUCUCCCUGCCUUCAAUUCUGGCCCUUUCAAGCGCAAUGAGGAGGUCACAGUCACCCGUAAGGCAAUCAGGGCCUAUCUUUCCAUCAUCCAGCGGCUAAGGGACCAUCACUGUUUACUUCUCCUCGACGAACAUACCUUCGUCAAUUUGCACCCGUUGUCUGCGGUCAGGCAGUUGGACAUUGCUGACUUUGCCAGAACAUCUGCUGUUCAAUUUGCUCAUUCACUCAUCCUAGAGGGCAGGAGGGCAUUUGGCUUGACAGCCUCCAUGUUUGAACUGACCGUCAGGGAAUGCUUGCCAAUUUUCUUGAACAUCGACCCAAACUUCUUCAAGAUUGACGAGCGUCGGAGGGAAAGCUUGCUACUUACAAGGAGAACUUUUUGGUACAGGAACAGUCAGCGGAAGUUGGGGGUCUUGCUAAGCUUUCCUCCUGCUUCCUCAUCUAAAGCAUCCCUCAACAACUUGUCGGCGCCCAACCUAUGGUUUUACAGAAUAAGCAGACAGUGGUCCAAGGACUUCUAUCUGAUCUUUUACACGCGAGCACUGCCAGACCCUCCCAAUAUUACACGUACAAUCGUCGAUGCGGAUUCUGGAGAUCUUACACCGUGGACCUUGACAGACUCUCAUGUCGGAAAUCCUUUACAAGUGAAGGCAAACGGAUGUCAAACCAAUUCUGCAGAUCUUGUGCGGCUUUUGCGUGAGGUCCACCAGCGGAAGUAG